GCAUGCGCCCCUUGCACUACGCUGCCUGGCAAGGGAAGAAGGAGCCCAUGAAACUUGUGCUGAAGGCCGGCUCCUCGGUCAACAUCCCGUCGGACGAGGGGCAGAUCCCUUUGCACUUGGCAGCCCAGCACGGACACUACGAUGUGUCAGAAAUGCUCCUCCAGCAUCAGUCCAACCCCUGCAUCCUGGAUAACAGCGGGAAGACCCCUCUGGACUUGGCCUGCGAAUUUGGCCGUGUUGGGGUGGUGCAGCUGCUUCUGAACAGCAACAUGUGCGCAGCCCUGUUGGAGCCCAAGCCGGGGGACAUCACUGACCCAAACGGGACCAGCCCACUGCACCUGGCCGCCAAGAAUGGGCACAUUGAUGUCAUCAGGCUUUUGCUCCAGGCUGGCAUAGACAUUAAUCGUCAGACGAAGGCAGGAACCGCCUUGCACGAAGCGGCCCUGUGUGGCAAGACGGACGUGGUGCGCCUCCUCCUGGAUAGCGGGAUCAAUGCCCAUAUCCGGAACACCUACAGCCAGACCGCCCUGGACAUUGUCCACCAGUUCACGGCCACGCAAGCCAGCAAGGAGAUCAAGCAGAUGCUGCGAGACGCUUCGGCUGCCCUGCAGGUCAGGGCCAUGAAAGAUUAUUGCAACAACUACGACCUGACCAGCCUCAAUGUCAAAGCCGGGGACAUCAUCACGGUGCUGGAGCAGCAUGCCGACGGCCGGUGGAAAGGCUGCAUCCACGACAACCGGACAGGCAACGACCGUGUGGGAUACUUCCCGUCCACCCUGGUCGAAGCCAUCAGUAAACGUACAGGUUCCCGGGGGUCGGAUGCCAGCCCCUCCCACUUGUCCCCCGGCAGCUCUGCUACCACGCCGGCCCCCGCAGAAGAAAUCUGGGUGCUCCGCAAGCCCUUCGCAGGAGGCGACCGCAGCAGCGUGGGCAGCACUGGAAGCAUCGCCAGUGGACGGAGCUCGGGCAGUGGCCAGAGCACGGGAAGCGGAAGCCAUGUGGCCCUUCACCCCAGUUCAGAAGGCGUGAAGCUGCUGGCAACUGUCCUUUCCCAGAAGGCGUCUGUGCAAGAAUCUGCUGUGAGCGACGGGCCUGCCAAGGCGGUGGAGACACCCGCAGGAUUGGGCAGCACCCCAUACCCCAGCCAGCCGUAUGGCGAGCAGCAGGUCAAGAAGGUGGAGCCGCAGUCCGAGGGGAAGAGCUCAGAGGCCGUCUACCAGUGGCUCUACAAGUUUCAGCUGCAACUCUAUGCCUCCAACUUCAUCAAUGCUGGUUACGACAUUCCCACGAUCAGCAGGAUGACCCCCGAGGACCUGACGGCCAUUGGGGUCACCAAGCCAGGACACCGAAAGAAGAUCGCCUCCGAGAUCAACAAUCUGAACAUUCCCGAGUGGCUCCCAGAGUACAAGCCAGCAAACCUGGCACUUUGGCUUUCCAUGAUCGGUCUGGCACAGUAUUACAAAGUCCUGGUGGAAAAUGGCUACGAGAACAUCGAUUUCAUCACCGAUAUCACUUGGGAGGAUCUGCAGGAGAUCGGCAUCACCAAACUGGGCCACCAGAAGAAGCUGAUGCUAGCUGUGAAAAAGUUGGUGGAGAUCCAGAAAGCUGAAUACAUCAAGUAUGAAUCAGGAACACUGAAGAAAAAGGGUGCACCACAGUCACAGGACACAGUGGCCAUAGAGUCUCCUCCGCAGGAAACGGCUGAAUGCCAGUCCCCCAAGAUGUCCACUUUCCAGGACAGCGAGCUGAGCAAUGAAUUGCAGGUGGCCAUGACAGGCACCAGUGAAGAGGGGCCUGAGAAACAGGUCAACCAUGUGACGCACUUCCGGGACGGAACUGUGUACCGGCACCCCUCCCGCCUCGUUCAUGAGAACAGCCUGAGUGGGAGAGCUAAGCUGAUUAGUAGUUCCCAGGAGCUGCUGGGAGAUGGGCCCAAAUCUCCUGGCCCUGCAGCAUCCAAAAGCCAGGAGCACCUAGCAGAAGAGGGGAAGGAGCCUCCAGCCACCCUGCCCAAGGAGGUGCGGAGCCUCCGUCAUGGCCACAGCAUCAAGAGGGCUAGCGUCCCACCAGUGCCUGGAAAACCCCGGCAAUCCUUCCCUCCAGCUGCAGGCCACUACACCCCUCCGCAAACUCCCACCAAGCCCCGCCCAUCCUCUCCUCAGGCUUUCGGGGUGCCCCACGCCACAGCCAAAGUAAAACCCACACCACAGUUGCUGCCGCAGACCGACCGACCCAUGUCCCCUCGCUCACUGCCUCAGUCUCCAACGCACCGGGGCUUUGCAUAUGUCAUGCCGCAGCCUGUGGAGGGAGAGGCUCAGACCGUGGGCCCCCUGGCUCAAGCCGUGCCGGUCCUGCCCAUCUCCAUUCCAGUGCUGUGCCUGCCACCCCAGGCUGCGGAGAGCGAGGAGGAGGCAGGUCGGCCCAAGAAGAGGGCCCACAGUCUGAAUCGCUAUGCAAUGUCUGACAGUGAGCAGGAGCGGGAUGAGCUGUUGGUGCCAGAUGCUGGGCCCUAUGCCACUGUGCAGCGGAGGGUUGGGCGCAGCCAUUCUGUCCGGGCACAGUCGGGUGCCGACAAGAACGUGAACCGCAGCCAGUCCUUUGCUGUGCGGCCCAAGAAGAAGGGGCCUCCGCCUCCGCCGCCCAAACGUUCCAGCUCUGCCAUCUCCAGCAGCAACAUGACGGACGAUUUUAGCAAAGAAGGAGAGGAGGGAGAAGAACUGGCCCAGAAGCAGCUGAGUGACGGGGGCACUGUGGACACAGGCAGUGCUGGGAGCGUAAAGAGUAUUGCUGCCAUGUUAGAAAUGUCAUCUAUCGGUGGAGGGGGGCGGGCUCUUGCCCUGCAAAAGGGGGCUGACGGGUACUACUUGCAGCCUGGUGUGGUUGUGCGCUCAGCCAGUCCGGAACACAUCCGUGUUGCAACUGUUCUGGCCACUGUCAAGCACAAAGAGGCCAUUGGACCAGACGGAGAGGUGGUGAACCGCCGACGCACCAUCAGUGGCCCUGUGACUGGGCUUGUGGCAGCUGCUCGCCAGCACAGCGGGAGCUCCCCACAGAACGGUUCAGGAGAAAAUAUCCCCUUUGCUGAGGAGGGCAGCCUGACUAUCAAGCAGCGUCCCCGGCAGAUGAGCCUCGCCAAGGCCGAAGGUGGGGAGGGCUUGUCCCUGGCCCAUCGGCAUGGUGACCUUUCCAGAGUGGAGGCCAGUGCCACUCUCAAGCGGAGGAUCCGGGCAAAGCAGUGUCAACAGGACAAUGUCAAGUUCAUCCUAACGGAAUCGGAUACUGUGAAAAGGCGGCCAAAGUCAAAAGAGAAGGAGCAAGAGCUGGCCCAGCUCUCAGUGUACCACAAUGGUAUGGGCACAGUCAAGCGCCGGCCGACCUCUGAAAUGAGCAGCCUGGGGGCUGUGGCUCCCGCAGAGCAGAAGGAGAGAGGGGAAGGGGCUUUGGUUCAGAUCCCCCGUGAAGGAGAAGCCAAGAAGCCCACCAAGCCUCCUGUCUCCCCCAAGCCCAUCUUGCCGCCCAAAACCUCAGGGCCUUCCACGCCCACCACCAAAAGGGCUCCGAUUCCCGGCCCUGGAAGCCCAGAGGUGAAACGUGUCCAUGGGACCCCACCACCCACAUCUCCAAAGCCUACACCACCCCCAACUGCUCCGAAGCCGAAGGUCCACCCUGUCCUCCAGUCAGUGAGUGCCAGCUGCACACCAGCACCUUCACCGGCCAAGCAGCUGACCCCUACCAUCAAGCCUUCAAGCACACCUCCUUCCCUCUGCUCCAGCCCAGCUAAGCCUUUGUCUCCCGGAGGGCUACCUCCUCAGACCGUGCCAGUCAAGCCACCUCGCUCCUCCAUGGCUGGGCCUUCAGUGGAGAGCACCGAGAGUGUGCAUCAAAAACUGGAGGAGACCAGUGCUUCUCUGGCUGCUGCUCUGCAAGCUGUGGAGGAGAAGAUCAAGCAAGAGGAUGGACAAGCAGCAGAUUCCAGUGCAGAAUCCAAGAGUACUGUCAGCAUCCUGGAUGACAUCGGCAGCAUGUUUGAUGAUCUUGCUGACCAGCUAGAUGCCAUGUUGGAAUGA